CCAGAUGAGCCAGCCACUCUUUACUACAAAUAUUCCUUUAUAGUAGACGUUGCUAGUUACAUGUCUUUAGAUAACGAACAGGUCAAAAAGCAAAGUAUCCGACCAACCAACUUUGUUUUCCAGUUCAAAUUCAUCUAAAACAUGAGUGACUUGAUGCAUUGCGUAUAUUCAAAUGCAGGCAAAUGUUCAGUAGAGUAUAGAGCUUGAAAAUCACUGCAGAUCCCCCACCUGUCUUCACAUAGACAGCAGUCAACAAAGAUCAACUGACAAAAUCCAGGCACAUGGUGAUGUAUGAAGUCAUCAGGUCACCAAUAACUCUUCUCACACUUGUUCACUGGGACCAAGCCAUGGAGGAUUCCGAAUUCUCAGAAAAAGAAAAUGAGUUUCGGGGCGAGCUGGUAAACCAGCGGUGGACGCGAGGCGAGAGGACCAGCAGCCGCUGUCAGGCCUCCCUGAGACAGCAGAGCCGUCGACCAAUCAUGAUGAGUGUAGAAAGUGAUGACAAGCGAACUCGCACUCGGUCUAAAGGAAUCAGAGUUCCUAUUGAGCACGCAGGACUGGAGCUGAGCUGCCCCACCCCUGGAUGCAAUGGCUCAGGCCAUAUCAGUGGGAGAUACUCACGACACAGAAGCAUUCUGGGAUGCCCUUUAGCCAGAAAGCGGCGACUUGAGGAGGCCGAGGUAGAGCAGGAACAGGAACAGGAAACGGAGCGGCCGGCAUCCAAGAGGAAGUCCCACCCCCUGAAACUGGCUCUGGAUGAGGGUUUCAGCGCGGAAAGCGACGUCAGCAGUGAAGGUGAGGGAGAGGGCGAGACGGAUGGAGAGAACAGAAGCAGAUGCAAGGCGGAUGAGGACGAUCUUGACACUGCUGGAGUGGCAGAGAAGACUGCGGAAGACCGAAAGCACGAAGGACAAACAAAUGGACGAGAUGAGGACACACAGAGUCGGCAACAGGAGGAAGAGGAGAGGGAAGAAUCAGCAAAUCGUAAGGACUUGGAAGUGUGUGUCGUCGUUGAGCCUCCAAUGACACAGGCGUCACAGUCUCCCUCUCUGAAUGCCGAAGACGUGGCCAACUCUCUCCUCCACCUCGGCCGAGGCCCCGCUACCGGUGACGACAGCGAUGCUCCAACUGUGGGCGCCCCGCCGCCUGUUGCUAUGGAGACUGAGGGGAAUGUCACCGUGACACUUGAACACAAUGAAAAAGUAAAGGAGCAGCAGGAUGGGAACACGGCGAAGGCAGAGGAAGGCGUAGUAGCCGGAGGUCAAGACACGGAAGAAGCGACAGAGGAGGAGUCGGUGGGGGACCGGGGGAAGCAAGAACGCUUUGCCAGGGAGGUCCAGCAUGAACCCACAGCAGAUGACGAGGAGGAGACGCCAGCGUCAGCACAGCAGAGAGCCAACACACCAGAAGAGGAGGAGAAAGAUGAGGAGUUGAACCCAAAUGUGCCAACUGCUGUCCGCAGCAGCACCAGCACCACAGCAGCUCAGGGACCACGCAUCAAGAUUGAAGACCACAGGGUCAGUCCUCUGGAGGACUACAACGCACAUGACAACUACAGUGUGGGUACAGCCAGUCCGCUUGACAGUUAUGACUCCCACAAACCACUUCAUAACUACAAGGCCUGCCUUCCCUUAAACUACAUCUCCCACAUGGCCAGUCCACUUGAGAACUACUCACCAAAUCGCAGAGGGGAUAACUUUAAAAUCCACAAAGUCUCCCACUCGGCCUCCCCCGACAUUAUCGAGGUGCAUUCCGACAAGUCUGACGAGAAAGACUUUGACGAUGUCGACGGUGACGACGAGCACGACGACGAGGACAGCCUCUCCCAGCGCUCCACCGUCACAGAUGAGUCCGAGAUGUUUGACAUGACCCGAGGGAACCUGGGCCUCCUCGAGCAGGCCAUUGCUCUCAAGGCGGAGCAGGUGAAGCCGGCCGGGCCCAGGGAGCUGUUAGGUGUGUCCGAUAUACAGCAUCACAGAUAUUUCACCAUGGAAGACCGGCCUAAGCACCUCGAUGUCAUCAGAAAGAGCUACUUCAAAGAGAGUAUUCGGCCAGAGAAGAGGGAGAUCAAGUGUCCCACGCCGGGGUGUGACGGAACAGGUCACGUGACUGGCCUGUACCCCCACCACCGCAGCCUGUCCGGCUGCCCUCACAAGGACAGGAUCCCCCCCGAGAUUCUGGCCCUGCAUGAGAAUGUGCUGAAGUGUCCAACUCCUGGUUGCACCGGUCAGGGCCAUGUUAACAGCAACCGAAACACACACCGCAGUCUUUCAGGAUGUCCCAUUGCAGCGGCAGAGAAGCUGUCCAAGACCCACGACAAGCAGAGCUCUCAGCCUGCCGGCGACCUCCUCAAAGGAAGUCCCAAUGACAGAGUUCUCAGGCCCAUGUGCUUCGUAAAGCAACUGGAGAUGCCCCAGUAUGGUAGCUACAGGCCCAACAUGGCGCCAACCACACCCCGUGCCAACCUGGCCAAGGAGCUGGAGAAGUACUCCAAGGUGUCCUUCGAUUAUGCAAGCUUUGAUGCCCAAGUGUUUGGGAAGCGUAUGCUUGCGCCAAAGAUGCCCACCAGCGAAACCUCACCUAAAGCCUUCAAAAGUAAACCCUCUUUCGACAAGUCCCCGUCACCCAGCCUUAGCCUCCAAGGUUACGGCAAACCUUCCUCCCUGGCCUAUGACUACUCCCACGAUGCCGAAGCCGCCCACAUGGCUGCCACCGCCAUCCUCAACCUUUCCACACGGUGCUGGGAGAAACCCGAGAACCUGAGCACCAAGCCACAAAACAAGGAAAUGGACAUUGAGGUGGAUGAGAACGGCACUCUGGACCUGAGUAUGAAGAAGCCCAUCAAGCACGAGGGCAGCCUGUCUGGCACCAGCCCGGGGGUCCGUUCCCCAGACCCUUCUUCCUCCUCAUCUUCCUCUUUGCAUCACGGCGAAAGCAGCGGGAUGACGUCACCGAACCUACAGGGCUACAAACAGGAGGAGUGGGAGGGGCCUCUGGAUUUUACCAAACACAACCGCCAAAGGGAGGAGGAAAUGGACGAGCUGGAUCAUACUGCACAGUCAUAUGUGUCAUCUGACCCAGAGGACAGUGACAUGAUUCAGGACUUAAUGGAGGACAAGAAGUACCCUGGAGAAGUCACAACCCCGAGCUUCAAGGUCAAGUUCCAACCCAAGGACAGCAAGAAGGAGUUGCUCUCGUGCCCAACACCCGGUUGUGAUGGCAGUGGCCACAUUACAGGGAACUAUGCAUCUCAUCGCAGAUGUCCCACCCCGGGAUGUGACGGCUCAGGUCACAUCACAGGAAACUACGCCUCUCAUAGAAGUCUCUCUGGGUGCCCGCGUGCCAAGAAAAGUGGAAUUAAAACUCCUACCAAGGACAACCAGGAGGACUCGGAGCUUUUAAAAUGUCCGGUGCCGGGCUGCGACAGUCUGGGACACAUCAGCGGGAAGUACGCCACGCAUCGCAGCGCCUACGGGUGUCCGCUUGCGGCCCGCAGGCAGAAGGAGGGCCUACUGAACGGGACCCCCUUCAACUGGAAGGCCUUCAAGACCGAGGGGCCGACGUGUCCGACGCCGGGAUGCGACGGCUCAGGGCACGCCAACGGCAGCUUCCUCACACACCGCAGCCUCUCAGGAUGCCCCAGGGCGUUGUAUGCCAAGAAAAAAAACAAGUUUCCCACUGAGGACUAUUUGAGUACCAAGUUCAGAGCCAGUGAUGUUCUGGACAAUGAUGAGGACAUCAAGCAGCUCAACAAAGAGAUUAAUGAUCUCAACGAGUCCAACAACGAAAUGGAGGCAGAUGUAGUCAACCUGCAAACUCAGAUCACUUCGAUGGAAAAGAAUUUGAAGAACAUCGAGCACGAGAACAAGAUGAUCGAGGAGCAGAACGAGGCUCUGUUCAUGGAGCUUUCCGGUCUGAGCCGGGCCCUGAUCCGUAGCCUGGCUAACAUACGUGUGCCACACAUGCAGGAGCCCAUCACGGAGCAGAACUUCGACAGCUACGUGAACACUCUGACCGACAUGUACACCAACAAAGACUGCUUCCAGAGCCCCGAAAACAAGGCCCUACUGGAGAGCAUCAACAAAGCUGUGAAGGGUAUCAAAGUCUGAGAAAACACUCACACACACAUACACACACAGACACACGCACACACAUGUGGAAGAGCGAAGCUGUCCUAAAGACCAUGACAGAGUCACAGGGAUCUUGAAAUAUAUCAAGUAAUAUAAAUCAAAAACAAGAAAAAGGGAAUUCAGGUUAUAUAAAUAAACACAACCCAGGGAGCAAUCUGUUGAGCAGAAAAGGACGCGGACCAAAAUCCCCCACGAUGCUGCUUCUGGGAUCAGUGAAGAUGCGGAGAAAUAAAGGAAUCCUUCAGGAAGAACGGCUGGACGAGAAGGCUACAAUAAGCUAACGUGUCAUGGGCGUUCGGUAUGCUGUACGCUCACUCGGACAUCUCGCGAGAUGUGUUUGAGGACAAUUUCACUGUUGCCCAGGUGAUCCUUUUUAUCAGUUUGUUAUUUUGUUUGUUUUUGUUUCCUCCAAACGUGGCGGAUGGCAGACUUGUAACGGAAGAGGAGUUGAACGUUAGUUCUGUAGCAUUCACUGUGGCAAGUAUGUGUGUGUUCACCAGCUCUUUUAACAGCCCAGCGACCACACACACACACACACACACACCCACGCAACCGAGCAAUACGGAGCAUGCACUGACUUCAGCGUGCGUUGGCUUUUUGUCACCACCACACCAAAGGACUCAGUGCGACGCUGAUCCCGUUUUGUGAACGCGUUCCGAGUGGCGAGCUGAUCCAGGGCCGGCAAAGGUUGCGUUCGAUCUCCAUGCGACAUAAGCAGCAGCAGCAGCAGCACAUACACACACUUUUGUUUCAUGGUUUCCAAAACAGACACGCGCGUCGUCAUCGUGUGCACGCAUUGCAACUUGAGUUAAGUCAUAUCAAUAGUAUUUAUAUCAACAUAGGAAUUGCACUUAAUUUCAUUGAAUAGUUUUGUGGUACGAUAACUAUUGUGAUAUAUGGAUUAUUUAAAUUUGUGAACUUUUAAAUUGUAACUUAUUGACACUUAUGUUAUUGAGGUUUAUUUAUUUGAAGCAAUUUAUUUAUUGAAUUUGUAACACAAAAAGAAUGCAUCUUUACUGAUUAAUAUGGAAGCAAUUUACAGAUGUCUUGAGAAUCUUUAUAGAUAAACGUCAAGGCAUAUUUUUUUUAAACUACUUUUUAAAACAAAUGUUUUAUAACAAGAAGACACCUUUUGCCCAUUAUUCUUUUUUUUUUUUUUUUUUUUUCAUUUUAAUUUUGUGCUUUCUGGUACCGGCGCGUUGCUAAACACACUACUGGAAAAAAAAUGAGGAAAUAAUGUAUUUAUUAUUUAUUUAAUAUGAAAGAAAUUGACUGAUGGCUGUAUAUUUAUUUUGUUAUUUAUGUGUGUGAUGUGACUAUGAUGAGUCUGAGUAGUCUUAAAAGGUCCACUGCUAAUAUUUAAAUAAAAGACAGAAAAAUCAGCACAGGUAUUGUUUGAUGACUUAGGCCUAACUGCGUAGGUGUGCCUGGAGCUGAUUCCCAAAAAAAAAAAAAAAAAAAGUUAUUACUGUUGUGUUGCAAUCUGCUCUCUGUGUUGUUUACGCCAGCUCAUGUUUGCUUGCGUGACGGAAAACCAAGGAAACUCGUCAAAAAGAAGUGACCUCCCCAAGCCUUUUGUAGCAGCCACCAUA